AUGGCAUUGCUUGGUAGACGGAGAUCCUCCUUCCUAAAGCUAGCCGCCCUGUGCGGUGUGGUGUGGUUUAUGGCUGUGUUUGUGCUCUACUCGGACGAUGCAAACCGGACGGGUCCGAGCGGUAGCGGCAGUGGUGCGGCCAGCGGGGGAGGUGCGAUGGAAUACGAAACUCCCCGGCGGUUACCGCUGGAGGGCAUCCGGAACAAGUUCAAUCAGUUCAUCGAGAACGCACGGUUGGACGCGGAUCGGCAGGACCCGGUAGUGCCGGACCAUGCGGCGGAUGUGAAUUUUGUCGAUCACAACGGCUUGGAGGAUGGUGGUGAUGACGGCGAGGCAGGAGUCGGUGGCGUUGAGCCGGACGUCGAUGAGCCGCCGGUAGUGAAGACCGCGAAAGCAACACCGUCAAAGCCAAACAGAGGACAAGACCAUGGAGGUGGUCUUGUGCUGCCCGGUGUGAUUGCCCCACCAAGCGAUGGACCGGGCGAGCUGGGAAAACCGGUCGUCCUGCCCAAGGAACUUUCGCCCGACGUGAAAAAGCUGGUCGAUGAAGGAUGGACCAAGAACGCUUUCAACCAGUACGUGGCGGACAUGAUCUCCAUCCGGCGAACGCUGCCCGAUCCGCGGGACGCUUGGUGCAAAGAGACGGAUCGAUACAUGGAAGAUCUGCCACCGACAUCCGUCAUCAUUUGCUUCCACAACGAGGCGUGGUCGGUGUUGCUACGUACCGUGCAUUCCGUACUCGACCGUUCACCCGAUCAUCUGGUGAAGGAAGUGAUACUUGUGGACGAUUUCUCUGAUAUGCCUCACACACAGAAGCAGCUGGAGGAAUACUUCCUCGCCUACCCGAAGGUGAAGAUCGUACGUGCGGCGAAACGCGAGGGACUCAUCCGUGCCCGUCUGCUCGGUGCCCGACAUGCAACAGCUCCAGUGUUAACGUAUCUCGAUUCUCACUGCGAAUGUACUAUCGGAUGGUUGGAGCCGUUGCUUGAUAGAAUCGCGCGUAACUCCACAACGGUGGUCUGUCCUGUGAUUGACGUCAUCGAUGACAACACGAUGGAGUAUCAUUAUCGCGAUUCGGGUGGUGUUAAUGUGGGCGGUUUCGACUGGAACCUGCAGUUCAACUGGCACGCUGUACCGGAGCGUGAAAAGCGCAAACAUAAGAGUCCUGCGGAACCCGUUUGGUCACCGACGAUGGCAGGCGGUCUGUUUGCGAUCGAUCGUGUAUUUUUCGAGCGGCUCGGCACGUACGAUUCCGGGUUCGACAUCUGGGGUGGUGAAAAUUUGGAGCUCUCCUUCAAGACGUGGAUGUGCGGUGGCUCGCUAGAGAUUGUGCCCUGUUCGCACGUUGGUCACAUCUUCCGGAAACGUUCACCGUACAAGUGGCGAACGGGUGUGAAUGUGAUCAAGCGUAACUCGGUCCGGUUAGCUGAGGUGUGGAUGGAUGAGUACGCACAGUACUACUACCAGCGUAUUGGUAAUGAUAAGGGCGAUUAUGGUGAUGUGAGCACGCGUAAGAAGCUACGCGAAGAGCUUGGUUGCAAAUCGUUCCGAUGGUACUUGGACAACAUCUAUCCGGAGCUGUUCGUGCCUGGUGAUGCAGUUGCUUCUGGCGAGAUUCGGAACCUGUGGUCUAAUCUGUGUAUCGAUUCGGCGGCAAAACCCGAGGACAUGCAUUCGCCGUUGGGCAUUUGGCCCUGCCAUCAGGCCGGCGGCAACCAGGGCAAGGUGGGCGCACCCGACCAGCAUAUGUUCUCCCGUUACUGGAUGCUGAGCAAAACGGGUGAGAUCCGACGGGAUGAGGCGUGCCUCGAUUACGCCGGCGAUGACGUUGUACUGUACCCGUGCCACGGUUCCCGGGGCAACCAGUACUGGAACUAUUCGAACGACUCGCACCUGCUGCGGCACGGUUCAUCGGACCGGUGUCUGGCAAUCAACGAGGCCAAGAACAAGCUGAUCAUGCAAGACUGCAAUGCGGCCGUGGAGGCACAACGGUGGUCCUUCCAGAACUAUGACGCCAGCAAGCUGUGA